CUAGCAUCUCUCGGCUUCUUGGCUACUGCAUCAGCCUUUGCGCAACAAAGUUGCAACCGACCGUCUUUCACUGCUCUCAAUAUGGCAUCCCCCGCUGAAUUCGUUGACUCAGAGAUUGAAUCAAACGAUGUAAGAAUUCAAUAUAUGGUGUGAAGUCAUUCAGACACUCUUCUCGUGUUACUGUUCCAUCAAAAUUUCUUGUAAUCAACUCAAUAACCCACUUUGAAUCUUGCUUUACUCUACGCUUUGAUAGGUUGUUGUUUUCUCGAAGUCUUACUGCCCUUUCUGCACGAAGACCAAGGAGUUGUUCGAUAGCUUGAACGUCGAAUAUGCCGUCCACGAACUCGACCAGAUGGGAGACGAAGGUCCCGAAUUACAAAUGGCUCUCUUCAAGAAGACGGAACAAAAGUCUGUGCCCAAUGUCUUCGUCAAGCAACAACAUAUUGGAGGCAACGAUGAUACGCAAGCCGCAGCUGCGGCCGGAAAGUUGCAGGAAUUGCUUGGAUUGUAGAUAAUGAAUUACGGUAAAGAAAUGAAAAUCCAUUUAUAAUUCUCCUCUAUGAAAAAUGUUCUGCACUUAUAUCAUGGAUGCGGCGUAUUUUCAACAACUUCAAACGUUGUUUCUUCGAAUCGUACGAGUAAGUACCGGUUGGAAUACUGUUUUUCGAUCUCCAAUCCUGAGGCACAGAGCCGAUCAUAACAAAAAUCAAUUAUUGCUGGCAACUAAACGAUUCUAGAACACAUGCAAUCAAAUCAUUUAGGGUCA